AUGGAGGGCAUACUGGCUACUCAGCCGGCGAGCCGCAAACUCCAAAAUAGGGCCGCGGCUCUCCGCAGGCCAGCGCCGGCCAGGCAAAGCUCCCCGGGCGCGUCCACAUAUCGCACACGCGCCGUUGCCACUUCUCUCGCCCUGGUGGCCACCGGGUCGCUUGUCUACAACUAUUUCUGUAGCCCCACGCUCCUCGACACAUCCGGUGACGCGACCGACGAGAGGAUCACGUUAACGACAGAGUCGCAGCGGCCGCUCGACACUUACCCAGGCCCCUAUGUGCCUCCACCCAUCACGAGAGACUAUCCCGUGCUUCUCAAAGUUGCGCUGACAACCACGACCAAGAUACGGCAACUGACGGGAGCGCACAAGUACGAGCAGUGGACGUUCAACGACUCGGUGCCAGGGCCCUUUAUACGAGCACGGGUCGGGGACGUGAACGAAACCAAGUCGGCGCGGUUCAAGCUCUUGUGGCCGGGGCUAUACAUCUAUCACUGCGCGGCCGCGCCCGUGCCCGUGCACAUCGCCAACGGCAUGUACGGGCUCAUGUAUGUGCAGCCGGCCGAGGGCGACCUCCGCAAGGCGGACCGGGAGUACUACGUGAUGCAGAGCGAAUUCUACCACGAGCCCCCGAGCGGGACGACGACGGGCGACUCUCCCAAACGGUGGAAUUUUCUCGGCCGCGACGCGGGACAGACCGCUCAAGGCCAAGGCGGGGAGACGGUGCGCAUCUUCUUCGGCAACGCGGGCCCGAACCUGACGAGCUCGUUCCACAUCCUCGGCAGCAAUUUUAUCAAUACCAUAAGCGUGCCGCCGGGCGGCUCGUCCAUUGUGGAUACGCGCUUUCUCGUGCCCGGGGUGUAUUCGUACAUUGACCACGCCAUCUUCCGCCUCGAUAAGGGCGGCGUGGGCUACAUCAACGUUACGGGAAGCCAAGGCCCGAUGUGUACCAGGGGCGUCAAGACCCGGCACCUUGCCCCGGGUGCAAACUUCAUCCAUGAAGCGCUCGUGUUGUCCGCUCCUGUCUGA